AUGGCUAAACAUGAGGAGAAGUUCAAGGACGACUUAUCCAAAAUCGUUGAAGUGGUGUCAAGGGAGAUUAAACGUGUUGCUUUGCCUGUUGCUGACUAUCUGACUGGACUAGAGUCUCAAGUUUCAGUAGUAAAGUCGCUUCUAUUUUCUGAUGGCUAUGAUGGAGUCCAAGUGGUAGGGAUUCAUGGAAAUGCUGGAUCAGGCAAAACAAAAGUAGCUUAUGCAAUUUAUCAUUUGAUUUCUAACGGUUUUGAAAGUAUAUGUUUUCUUGAAAAUGUGAGAGAAAAUUCAUAUAAGCAUGGUUUAGUGUAUCUUCAAAAUAUGCUUCUUUCUAAUGUAUUCGAAAGGAAGAAUCUCAAAGCAACAAGUUUUGAAAAAGGAAUUUCAACAAUAAAGCACUGGCUCCAACAAAAGAAGAUCCUUUUGAUUCUAGAUGAUGUUGACAAACCAGAGCAAUUACAAGCUCUUGCUGGAAAACCUGAUUGGUUUGGCCUUGGAACAAGAGUCAUUGUUACAACACGGGACAAAUGUUUACUAGAGAGCCAUGGGAUUAAAAGAAUAUAUGAGAUGGAGAAUUCAAAUUCGGAGUCAAAUAUCAAUGCAUCCCCUGGAAAGGACAAGAGAGAACAACUGGGUGAAAAAAGCACUUCCGGUGAUCAAGUCAAUGGUUCGUUAGAGCCUCUAGUUUCUGAAGAUAUUAGUCUUGAAAGGAGCAAACAGGCUUCUCUUAUUCAAGCGGAAUCAAAUACAGAAGUCAUAGGAUGUAAUGAAAAUGAAGCAGACAGUUAUCAUACUCAUUUCCCAGAAAGAAUUGAUAAUGGUAAAAAAGAAGUGCCAAAUGGAAACAGGGAAGUCGAUAUGGCUGAGAAGUGUUUCUCCGCUCAGUUAGAAUCUUUGGAGGAAAAGAAAAGAGAAUUUGAAGAGCAAAUUCGCAUAAUAAAAGCUGAGAUUGCAGGUUUUCAGAGCAGAGACACAGUUGCUAAAGAGAAAAAGAGAAGUGUUUGACAGUGGAAAAAUCCUGACAGUUGAAGAGGCUAAUUUGAGGAACCAUGUGCCAAGGUAAUAUUGAAGCAUAGUGGUAAUGUCUUAGAGAACAAGUCAUUGGAGAGCGUAGCAAUAUUCAGGUUCAUGUUAACCAAAAUAGGGUGGUUAUUAAAGUGUAUUUACAGAAGCAUAUGCUGUAUGAUAUAUAUGAUUGUUGAGUUUCAGUGACACUGGUCUAUUUUUCAUUUCUUAUUCACU